GCAGAUCCUACCCAAGCCCAGCUGCAGAGCCUUGCGAAGCUGCAGGAUGCCAUCAAAGUCAUGCAGAGAUUUGCCGGGCUGCCUGAGACAGGCCAAAUGGACCCAGUAACGAUAGCCACCAUGCACAAACCCCGCUGUUCCCUGCCUGAUAUUCUGGGGCCUGCUGGGCUGUUCAGGCGGCGGCGGCGGCGGCGACGCUAUGCUCUGAGUGGCAGCGUGUGGAAGAAGCGCACCCUGACGUGGAGGAUCCAGUCCUUCUCUCAGAACUCCCAGUUGAGCCAGCUGAUGGUGCGGACCCUCAUGAGCUAUGCCCUGACUGUCUGGGCUGUUGAGUCAGGCCUUACCUUCCAGGAGGUGGAUUCUCGGCACCAGGAGCCUGACAUCCUUAUCCACUUUUCCCGGGGCUACCACCAAGACAGUUACCCCUUUGAUGGGCCUGGUGGCACCCUGGCUCAUGCCUUCUUCCCUGGGGAGCACCCCAUCUCUGGAGACACUCACUUUGACGAUGAGGAGACCUGGACUUUUGGGUCAAAAGAUGGCGAAGGAACCGACCUGUUUGCAGUAGCUGUUCAUGAGUUUGGCCACUCCCUAGGCCUUGGCCACUCUUCUGCUCCCAACUCCAUUAUGAGACCCUUCUACCAGGGCCCGGUGGGUGACCCUCACAAAUACCGCUUGUCCCAAGAUGACCGUGAUGGAUUGCAGCAGCUCUAUGGGAAAGUGUCCCAUACCCCGGGUGACAAGCCCACAAGGAAACCCCUGGCUUCACCUCCACAGCCUCCAGCCUUGCUCCCUGACAGGCCCUCCACACCUGUGCCUGAUCGCUGUGAGGACAAUUUUGAUGCUAUUGCCAAUAUCCAAGGGGAAAUCUUCUUCUUCAAAGGCACCUGGUUCUGGCGCCUCCAACCCUCAGGACAGCUGGUAUCGCCCCGUCCAGCUCAGCUGCACCGCUUUUGGGAGGGGCUGCCCGAACACGUGAGGGUCAUCCAGGCUGCUUAUGCCCGUCCCCGAGAUGGCCGAAUCAUCCUUUUCAGCGGCCCCCAGUUCUGGGUGUUCCAGGACCGGCAGCUGGAGGGCACAGCGCGGCCACUGGUGGAGUUUGGGCUUCCUCCUGGAGAAGAAGUGGAUGCUGUGUUCUCCUGGCCUCUCAAUGGCAAGACGUACCUGAUCCGAGGCCAGCAGUAA